AUGGCUACUUCCCCACAUCCCCUUGAAGGGAGACACCGUUUUCCACCAUCCAUUGUAGAUUUAUACAGACGAAGAUUACCAAAAGGUAAUGCCAAAGAUGCUGAGAAUGAGAAGCCUAUCCAAUUAUCCAUCAAAGAUAGAAGCUCAAGAUGCAACUUUUCUCUCUUAAAACCUUUUCUCCUAUUCAUAACCGUUUGCGGCACUUAUGUAAUGCUUCUGCAUUCGAAGGUUUACAGCAGCAACCAUUUAUCAAGCUUUGGCUCUGGGCCAAAUUUUGUGAACAGGUGGAUAUGGAGUGGACCAGAUCCUCGGUAUGCAUCGAAUGUAGAUAUUAACUGGGAUGAUAUACUACAUAUUACAGAGAAACUGACAGGCAAAAAUGAAUUUCAAGGGAUUGGUCUUCUCAACUUCAAUAAGACUGAAUUAGACCAUUGGGAACAGCUAAUACCUAAUGUUGCACAUGUUGUUCUGGACCUAGAGUAUGCUGCAAAAAAUGUGACAUGGGAAUCCCUAUACCCAGAAUGGAUUGAUGAGGAAGAAGAAACCAAAGUUCCGAUUUGUCCUUCUCUUCCAUCUCUCAGAUCUCCGGGAAUAAGGCUGAAUCUCAUAGCUGUGAAGCUUCCUCAUGCCAAUUGGGGCAUUUGGUCUAGAGAUGUUGCUAGGUUGCACUUGCAGCUAGCUGCAGCUAGGCUUGCAGCCUCUCUUAAAGGAAAUUACCCCGUAUAUGUGCUUUUCAUUACCAAAUUCUUUCCAAUACCCAAUUUGUUUACCUGCAAAGAACUUGUGGAACAUGAAGGGAAUGUAUGGUUGUACCGGCCACACUUGAUUGUUUUGAGAGAAAAACUCCAGCUCCCGGUAGGGUCAUGUGAACUUUCACUUCCUUUGAGGGACAAAGAGCUGAUUUACGCGGGAAAUGUUCGUACGGAAGCAUAUGCAACUAUUCUCCAUUCAGCUCACGUUUAUGUUUGUGGAGCUAUUGCUGCUGCACAAAGCAUUCGCAUGUCUGGAUCAACUCGAGACCUAGUUAUACUAGUUGAUGAGACAAUAGGUGAGUACCACAGAAGUGGUUUAGAAGCAGCAGGGUGGAAAAUUAGGACAAUACAAAGGAUCAGAAACCCAAAAGCUGAAAAAGAUGCUUACAAUGAAUGGAACUACAGCAAGUUUCGUUUGUGGCAGCUUACAGAUUAUGACAAGAUAGUAUUCAUUGAUGCAGAUUUGCUCAUUCUAAGAAAUAUAGAUUUCCUAUUUGGAAUGCCAGAAAUUACUGCAACAGGAAAUGAUGCCACACUUUUUAACUCAGGUGUCAUGGUGGUUGAGCCAUCAAAUUGCACAUUCAAGCUCCUAAUGGAUCAUAUUAAUGAGUUUGACUCCUACAAUGGAGGGGAUCAGGGAUACUUAAAUGAAAUAUUUACAUGGUGGCACAGGAUGCCAAGACACAUGAACUUUUUGAAGCAUUUUUGGGUUGGAGAUGAUGAAGAGACGAAGCAAAUGAAGUCUUUGUUAUUUGGUGCUGACCCUCCAAUUCUCUAUGUCCUUCACUAUCUAGGAAUGAAGCCGUGGUUGUGCUUCCGGGACUACGAUUGUAACUGGAAUGCCGACAUCUUUCACGAGUUUGCAAGUGAUGUCGCUCAUGAAAGGUGGUGGAAGGUGCAUGAUGCAAUGCCUAAGCUUUUGCAACAGUUUUGCAUGUUGAAGUCCAAGCAGAAGGCCCAGCUGGAAUGGGAUCGUAGGCAAGCUAAAACUGCAAACUACUCAGAUGGGCAUUGGCGAAUUAAAGUUAAAGAUAAAAGGUUGAAGAAAUGCAUAGAUAACUUGUGUUCAUGGAAAAACAUGUUGAAGAAUUGGGGAGAAACCAAUUGGACUGAUGAUGAUGAGUCUUACUAUACUCCAACACCACCUGCCAUUACCACAGCAUCCCUUUCUAAUUUGUGA